AUGGCGCUCGAUCGCAUCGUCAACAUCGUCCUGCGAGCCGCAGAGCUCGUCUUCGCUACCAUCGUCGCCGGUGUGACGGGCCAGCACCUUCACCAGUUCCGCAAUGCAUCGUCCUGGUCCCAGGGCCGUUUCAUUUACACCGAGGUGGUGGCGGCUCUGUCCAUGUUCUUUGCGCUGAUAUGGCUCGUCCCCUUCUCUUGGUCCUUUGUGCACUGGCCGGUGGAUCUCAUCCUCAGCCUUGCCUGGUGGGCCGCCUUUGGCCUCUUGGUCAACUUGCUGGGUAACUCUUGUGGCUACGUCUUCGACUGGAACAAUGUCCACCCCAUCAAUGGUGACCAGUGUGGCAAGUUCAAGGCCGACAUUGCCUUUACCUUCCUUUCAGCUCUUCUCUGGCUCGUUUCCGCCCUGCUCGGCAUUUUCUGGGUUCAAAGCCAUGAGCGUCGCGCUGCCCGAGUCGAUGCUGCCCACCGCCAGCACCACCGCCGCUGGUACCGACGAAGCCGCGUCUAA